AUGUCCAGAUCAAUAGCUGUGUUUGGAGGCAACGGGUUCCUCGGACGCAAGAUCUGUGAAGUGGGCGUCCGCUUGGGAUGGUCGGUCACGUCUCUUUCCCGUCUGGGAAAAGCUCCAAAACCUGCUUCCCUUUCUGAACACCUGUGGAUCUCCAAUGUCAAUUGGGUCUCGGCUGACCUCUUCAAUGCUGAAUCAUACAAACAGCAUGUGGCGGGAAAGAACGCCGUGGUGCACUCCGUGGGCAUGCUUUUCGAGAAUUCUGACUAUAAACAAGCGAUCAACUCGAACUUCAGCUUCUUGAACGACGUCCUGAGGCUUGCUGGCAUGUUGAAGGGCCCUAACCCGCUUACUAGAAACCACAACCAGACAUAUGAGGCGGUUCAGAGAGACACCGCCGUGAUGUUGGCAGACGCGUACUUGAAGGGCCUGAAGGAGGUCAAGGACCCUUCGUACGUGUACAUUUCUGCCGAGAUGAAACCGCCAAUUGUGCCUGAGGGCUAUUUGACUACUAAGCGUGAAGCCGAGUUUGAGCUUUCGUGUAAGCCAGGCCUCCGUUCUAUCUUCCUUCGUCCAGGCGUCAUGUACGACGAAAGCGCCCCUCUUCAAGAGAAAAGAAAGCUUUUCGGCAAGUUCUUGGGCUUGGGUUACACCUUAAAGGAAGGCAUCUUGGGAGACAAGAUCCCCAUCUUCAACGAGCUCAUACGGCCACCAGUGUCCACGGAAAAAGUGGCACUCACGCUCUACAAGAAACUCGAGGACCCGGAGGCCCAGGGCGUGGUGGGACUUGACGAAAUAGUCAAUUUCUAA